GAUCUGUUUACGCCGAUUAUAGGUUACAUGGUAAAUACACAUCAUCAUCUGAAGGGCCACCUACUAUACCUCUAGAAUCUAUUAGAGUAGCUUAAAAUGCUUAAGCUUAGAGUACGGAUACCGAGAAGUACCGCUCCUAUAGAGUCGGAGGUCGAUGCUGAAGCACCCUGGAUUGCCUUACUUUAUGAACUUGAGAGAGUCAGCGGAGUUGAUGUUAACCAAAUACAAGUCUUGUUUGGCUUCCCCCCGAAGCCGCUUCGUGUUUCCGAGGAAACUCUAGUUAAAGAUCUCAAGCUGCGGGACAACGAUAUUAUUAUUGUCCAAGAAGGCGAAGGAGUGCUUCAUAAGGGUGUAGACGGGAGAAAAUAUGUUCCCCCAGUUCAGGAAAGGGCGCAUUUCACGCGUCGUAUUUGCCCAUCGGACAACUCCUGUUUAUUUCACGCUUGUGCGUACAUCCUGCACAACAAGAGCCGUUCAGACGGACCUUUGCUUCGUCAAAAGUGUGUUGACUUUGUGAUCAACCAUCCUGAAAUUUUCAACAAGGAGGUGCUUGGUGAAGAUCCCUACGCGUACGCAGGAUGGCUCAGCCGGCCCGAAUCAUGGGGGGGGGGCAUUGAGUUGGAGAUCCUAAGUCGUAUGUACGAGACGGAGAUCUUCGCCCUUGACUUGGAGUCCUCGACCGUGCAGAAGUUUGGAACGGAUAAUAAUUACAGUGUGCGUGGGUUUGUUGUAUACACUGGGGCCCAUUACGACUGUAUCGCCAUGAAUCCCAUGUUCAACUCGUUAUCGGAGGUAAGCGACCAAGUAUUGUUCAACAUCAGAAGUGACGACGUCGUGGAGCGAGCCCAACGCUUUGUACAAGAGGAAGGCAAAAAGAUCCAUUGACGUAUUUAUCUAUAUCGAAGGAAAGUUGUGCGCUAAUUCAUAUUUUCGCUAUCGAAAUGGAGAGCUUAAGAAUUGAAAUAGGAUCUGUGCAUUUAUCACUAAGAAAUAUAUUCUGUUAUCUGAGUAACCAGUGCAAGCUACUUCGAUAAUCUAUUUAGUGAAUGUUUAUAUUUUUACUGGCAUGUGCCAUCAUUAUCAUUAAAUGGAAAGGAAAAAACAAUACUCCUUGCUUGUUUAUUUUCCUAACGGGUUUUGUCAUUGAUGUAAUCUCGAAACUGAAGCUAUUAUAUAUCGUUUAUUUCGACCUACUUUAAUUUUGUAUCAUUGGAAGGAUAGAAUUUUAGUCGUGGGAGAGUAUUAUAGGAUUCGUCCAUCCACUCAUUUGUCUUUCUGAAAUAUUUGGAAAAAUUGAAUGCAUUUAUAUAUAUAUAUAUAUCAUUCCUAGCUUGCUUUAUUUGAAUUAAUCAAAAUCGUCAGAAGGCCCGCACAAUGCUUUGUGGGUUGUUUGAAAAGAAGUAUUGCUGAUAUUGGCGA